UCUGUCUGACAAAAUAAAGGACUUUCUGAUUAGGAGGUAUUGUUUUCUGACUGAAUUAAGCCCUAUCAAAUUCAACGUUCUUUUUUUAGGCAUCAUGAAAAAGUGCUUUUGUUUCCUUUAGCAGUAAUUUGGAAAACAGUUGUAGGUUCUCAGCCUGGAAUGAAUAAUAUCAACAACUCUACAAUUUCUAUGGUUUGGGAAUAUGAUUUACACCCACUGGACCACCUUCCUCACAGCUUGAGGGCGCCCUGUUUCUUCACAACUUCUAACCAUUUCCUGUCCUUGUCAUCUCAUUAUUGCAAUGCAACCCAGCUCUUUUUUUGAAUCUGAAACCUGCCUAUUUGGGAAUCUUGCUUCCUUUCUGAAGUUCAGUGGAAUCCCUGAACCCUGGAGAGAAGCUUUCUGACUAGUUGCUGCUACCAAACAAAAUGGAAGAUUCCCCAGCUGGCCUGGACCUCAGCCUUUGUCAAGAACAGACAGAACAUGCAGGUUUACGGGAUAUUUUGAAUGAUGGCAGUCGUAACACAUACCGUGAAACAGAAAACAUGCAGAGUAGUGAAGAUGUGAAAGAAUAUAAUUUGACUAAUGGAAGAGAGAGAGAAGGUAGUCCUAGACUUAUGGCCACAACUGAGUCCAAAAUUUAUGUUGAAGACAGCAUGCUUAAGGUCAAAAGUGACUAUGAUGAAAAACAAGAUGGAAUUUUGAAGUCUGAGCCGGUAGAAACUGGAGAAGAACCCAGGAUUCUUUAUAACUGCAGGCCGGAGUACGGAGACUAUGACAAUAUGGAACUGGAGAGGCAUUCUGAACCAUAUGACCUUGUCAAAUCAAAUACUGCAAAACUGAAGUGUGACAUUUGUGGAUUAGGCUGUGUCAGCCUCAAUGUGCUGGUGGUUCACAAGCGUAGUCAUACUGGUGAGCGCCCUUUCCACUGUAAUCAAUGUGGAGCCUCAUUUACCCAGAAGGGAAAUCUUCUCCGCCAUGUUAAACUUCACACUGGGGAAAAGCCAUUCAAAUGUCACCUUUGUAGCUAUGCCUGUCAAAGAAGAGAUGCACUCACAGGACACUUAAGGACACAUUCUGUGGAGAAACCAUUCAAGUGUGAAUUCUGUGGACGGAGUUAUAAGCAGAGGAGUUCAUUAGAGGAACACAAAGAAAGAUGUCGGACAUACCUCCAGAAUGCUAGCCUCAGUGAAGCUGAAAGUUCAGAGAGAAGGCACAUCAGAAGUGAAAUGGGGACUGAGCGGGCCCUUGUCCUGGACCGCUUAGCAAGCAAUGUUGCCAAACGAAAACGUUCCAUGCCACAGAAAUUUAUUGGUGAAAAACACCCCAACUUUGAAGUGAAUUACAGCCAUGGCUUUUUAUAUGAAAAGGAGAGAGAGGCUAUGCUGCCAGGAUGCAUGGCAGAGCAAGCCUUCAACAAUGCCAUUGGCUAUCUUGGUGCAGAAUCAGUGCGCCCACUUGUGCAAGCCUCAGCUGCUCCAACCUCAGAGAUGGUGCCUGUUAUCAGCAGCCUGUAUCCCCUUACAUUCACUCACACUGAAAUAUCUAAUAAUAACCCACCAAAAAUGGAAAAAAGUGACACCCAACCAAGGGACAAGAUACCUACUGAGCAAGGCCUUUCUCCAAACAAUAGUGGUCAACAUUCUGCAGAUUCAGAUAACAAUCAAGAAGAGAAUCAGAAUCAUGCCUAUCUUCAAAAUCAAAUGGUUCCUCCUCCUUUGCAGGCCAGGAAUGGACUCCUGACUUUCAAGGAACUUCCUAGAGCAUAUGACAUGUUCAGACAACCAACCAUUUGUCCUUGUGAUGUCUUGAAAGUCUUCAACAAAGAAGGUGAACCCGUUGGAGUCUAUCGAUGUGAUCAUUGUCGUGUUCUUUUCUUGGAUUAUGUUAUGUUCACUAUUCAUAUGGGAUGUCAUGGUUUCCGUGACCCUUUCGAAUGUAACAUGUGUGGGCACAGGAGCCAUGACAAAUAUGAGUUCUCAUCUCACAUAAUUCGGGGUGAACACAGAAUGGGGCUGAUAUGAAAGCAAAAUUACUCCGUUAUUUUCUGAGAGACUCAAUGUGCAUCUGUACUGCAAAAUCAGCCAGUGUUUUAAAUAUAAUUAAAUAUUGAGUUUUCUCAAAAAACAAAACACAUCUGAUCAUGGAUGUAUGAAUGGGUAUUUUUAUGAAGUUCACUUAUAGAACUAAAAUGUUCAGCAUUCUUUGACCUGAACUAGGAAGGUUAAACAGAUUAUAAUUACUUAUAUAGAAGCAUAUUAAGAUCUUUUUAAAAACAAGGAUCUCCUUAAAUUCUAAACUUCUAGAAAAAACUACUUCAUUUUUCAGUGUUUCUUUGCUUUUCAACAUUUUAAUUGCAAUGCAUUAACAUUUGGCCAUCUUUUGUCUAGUUAAACAUGUCUUGUGGCAAAGAGUUUACUGUAUUAUAGUGUUGCCUAAACUCCAGCAAACAUUACUGCAUAAUUUUGCCGCAUGUUUUUUAAAGAAAACAAAGAUUUCUUCCAUACUAGACUUCUAUUAAGCUGUCAAACUGCCUUAUUCAGAAUUCUACUAAAUCUCCAAAUGACAUCAUAUUCUAUUUUUAACCUUCUUGUCUCAGAAUUUCAAUAUAGAAAAAAAAGCUCCCAAAUCAUUCCACAAUGUCUUUCAGCAGCACUCUGGAAGCACAUAAUAAUGACAUAUAGAAAGGUAUAAUGACAAAACUGAAGGCAGGCCUCAUUUUCUUACAGGAAGAAAUUACAAUUUAGCAAACAUCUGGAACUCACAUGGUUAAAACCCAAGGAAUGCCAACAAGAAGGAAAUUUUUAAAAUGCGGAAACCUGUGACUGAACUGAAAUCUGAAGCUAAAGUGCUUAACAUGUAACUCAUUGCCAUCUUUAGUAUUAAAAAAUAAGCUUUGGGAUAGCGCUAUAGGGCUGGCAUAAUCAUGUUUUGGACAUUCAUGAAAAAAAUGAAUGUAUAUCAUUAUAUGACCAUUGGAUAAGGAUUUAUAGGGGAAGAAUUUAAGAAUUUCUUAUAUGUGCCAUUCUUUGAUACAUGCACUGUAAUUGUUACUUGUAGUCAGUAGAUAUUUGAAGUCAUGUGUCAUAAGGAUAUUUGUUAAAUUUGCUGGAAUGUCUUCAGCUUUUGUUGAAUAUUGAGUACUGAUUUGUUAUUAUUCUAGGAAUGAAGUUAUCCUCUAUAAUAGUAGUGUUCCAAUCCAAAAGCUGCUUCGUAUAGGAUAAUAGUAGCCUGUUAGCUAUAAAAUCACACCAAGCAGAAGACAAUUUGGUUAUCUUUUGUCCUUCAAGAUAAACCCCAGAUUUGAUGAAGAGGGAAGAAAGGUGGGUGCGGGAAAAUGAAGACAUCCCACCAAAUUUCAAUGAGAGUCACAUUUUCAAUGAAAUAUCAAAGCUUCUUCUGGGCAAAAAAAAAGUAGAGGGAUAUUGAAGUGAUAUUGAGAUACAAUGAACAGUAAAGAGAUUUCUCAACAGGAAAGGGGAAAAAUCCAAUACAUGCUAAGACAUUUUGCUCAGAAUCAGCUUUCAAAAUGUAGAUUUUUUUCCUUCAAAGAAUUCUUAAGAAAAAAAAAAGAAGUUUCUAUAAGGCUAGAGAAAUUACUCAGGGCAGUCAGAAGAUUUGCAUUAUUGUGCUAGUAAUUUUUUACUCAAGUUUGCUUAAUCUCCUUUCAUUUUAAUACUUCUGGAAGAACGAGCCUUUCUCUUACCUAGUAAACAAAAAAUAUCUAUAUUAUUAUCCAAGUAGAUUUAAUAUUAUCACAUAAUAGCUAAGUCAUUCUAAUAUAUGGUAAUAUUGUGUAUAAACACUGCUAUUUCAACUAAUGGCUGCUCAGAAUCUUCUCUAGAAAAAUUCAGUGGAAUGUUUUGGCUUUAAACACAAAUUUCUACUGUGUUUACUUUAUAUUGUAAAUCAUUUAUUUUAAAGUCUUUUCUUCAAUGUAAAUUAGUAGAUAUAAUUUUAAUACAAUAUGA